UUUCUGCUGGGAAUAGCCCCGAAAACAGAUUCGAAUAUCGGUUCUAUAUCUGAUACAAGUGCAGAUACUUUUGGAGUGCAGUUGGGAGAUAGAAAAGUAUCUUCAAGCCAGUGUUGAGCAGAAAAGAUACAUUCGAAGAAUGAAACUCGAUCGCAUGAAGCUGCUCUUCGUCUCCGCGGGCACCCUCGUCUUUGCCAUCCUCUUCGGCUGGGUUAUGUUCCCAAAGAUACUUAAAUUUAUGAUCUCCAAGCAAGUAACGCUAAAGCCCGGCACGGAUGUCAGGGAACUCUGGUCGAAUACCCCCUUCCCGCUGCACUUUUAUUUCUACGUUUUCAAUGUCACCAAUCCGGAGGAUGUAUCCCAGGGUGGACGGCCACGGCUCCAGGAAGUGGGUCCCUUUGUGUUCGAUGAAUGGAAGGACAAGAUUGAUUUGGUGGAUGACGUUGUGGAGGAUUCGGUCACCUUUACCAUGAGGAAUACUUUUAUCUUCAAUGCGGAGGCAUCGUAUCCCCUGACGGGAGAGGAAACUAUUACCCUGCCACACCCCAUCAUGCAGCCUGGCGGCAUUACAGUCCAGCGAGAACGUGCGGCCAUGAUGGAGCUGAUAGCCAAGGCCAUGUCUCUGGUGUUUCCCGGGGCCAAGGCCUUCCUCUCCGCCACGUUUAUGGAUCUGUUCUUCCGUGGCAUCGAUGUGGACUGCUCCCCGGAUGACUUUGCGGCCAAGGCCCUUUGCACGGUGUUCUACACGGGCGAAGUGAAGCAAGCGAAGCAGGUCAACCAGACGCACUUCUUGUUCUCAUUCAUGGGGCAGGCCAACCACUCGGAUGCUGGACGCUUUACUGUCUGCCGGGGCGUGAAAAAUAACAAGAAACUGGGAAAAGUCAUACGAUUCGCCGAGGAGACCGAAAUGGAUGUCUGGCCGGGCGACGAGUGCAACCAGUUCGAGGGCACCGACUCCACCGUGUUCCCUCCUGGCCUCAAAAAGGAGGAGGGACUGUGGGCCUUCACCCCCGAUCUGUGCCGCUCUUUGGGGGCCACCUAUGUGAGGAAAUCCUCGUACCAUGGCAUGCCCUCCACUAGAUACACUCUGGACCUGGGGGACAUGCGUUCGGAGGAGAAGCUGCAUUGCUUCUGCGAUGAUCCCGAGGAUCUGGAAACGUGUCCCCCGAGGGGCACCAUGAAUCUGGCACCCUGUGUGGGGGGCCCACUGUUGGCCUCCAUGCCGCACUUUUACAAUGGAGAUCCAAAGCUUGUGGCAGCCGUUGAUGGCCUCCAUCCGAAUGAGAAGGAUCAUGCGGUUUACAUAGACUUUGAGCUGAUGUCUGGCACUCCCUUUCAGGCGGCCAAGCGUCUCCAAUUCAAUCUCGACAUGGAGCCCGUGGAGGGCAUUGAGGCGCUCAAGAAUCUCCCAAAGCUCAUCCUUCCGCUCUUUUGGAUCGAAGAGGGCGUCCACCUGAACAAGACCUACACGAAUAUGGUCAAAUACACGCUAUUCCUUGGCUUAAAAUUCAACUCUGGUCUGCGUUGGACUCUCAUUACUCUCUCCCUGGUGGGUCUCAUGUCGGCUGCUUAUCUUUUCUAUCAGAAUUCCGAUAGCCUGGACAUCACUCUGCCUCCGAAGAUCCUCAAGGAAGUCAACAAAGUGGCCGAUGCGGCCAUGAAUUCGAAGAUGUUCCCUGAGAAAGCUCCCACCACUCCACAGACGACUAUUCCGGGCACCAAUCCUCCCACCAAUCAUGGUGCCCAGCCACCUCCUGCUGUGGCUUCGGUUCCAGGCAUAUCUCCACCGUUAAGUCUCAAAAUGGAGCAAACACAGCGUUAUUAGAGCUUAAGAUAGAACGGGAGAGACAGAGAGAUAGAGAGAGAGAGAAAGAGAGAUCCCUGCGAUCUCUGGGAUCCACUGUACUCUGUACCGAUCCCCACUGUAGUAGUUUCUUAGUAGGGAAGCACCCCUGUAGUAUAUUUAAUUCAAAUGCUAAUAAAAUGCGACAGCAAA